AUGUCGGACGAUGAUGACUUCAUGCAAGCAUCCGACGAUGAGAACUACGACUUCGAGUACGAGGACGACGAUGACCAGGAAGAAGGCGGCGAUGUGGAUGUGGAGAACAAAUACUACAAUGCAAAGCAGAUGAAGACCGACAACCCAGAAGAGGCGAUUGAUGAGUUCUUGGGUGUGCCAGCAUUAGAACCAGAGAAGGGCGACUGGGGAUUCAAGGGACUCAAGCAGGCCAUCAAGCUCGAGUUCAAGCUGGGCAGAUAUGACAAGGCAGUCGAGCACUACACCGAGCUACUGACAUAUGUCAAAUCGGCGGUAACUCGUAACUACUCCGAAAAGUCGAUCAACAACAUGCUCGACUUUAUCGAGAAGAACGCAGAAGACCAGGCAGCCAACCAGUGCAUGGAGCACUUCUACUCCAAGACCCUCGAAUCGUUCCAAGCGACCAACAACGAGCGGUUAUGGCUGUCCACCAACACCAAGCUCGCGCGACUCUGGCUUACACAGAAGGACUACGCUCGUCUUACAGACAAAGUGCGAGAAUUACAUCAGGCAUGCCAGCGCGAGGACGGCACCGACGAUCCCAGCAAAGGCACGUACUCGAUGGAGGCCUACGCUCUCGAGAUACAAAUGUAUUCGGAGACGAGGAACAACAAGCGCUUGAAGGGCUUGUAUCAGCGCGCGCUUAGAGUUCGGUCGGCGGUACCACAUCCCAAGAUCAUGGGCGUGAUUCGUGAGUGUGGUGGCAAGAUGCACAUGAGCGAAGAGAACUGGAAGGACGCACAGAGCGACUUCUUCGAGUCCUUCCGGAACUACGACGAAGCAGGCUCGUUGCAGCGCAUCCAGGUGCUAAAGUACCUUGUCCUGACGACCAUGCUCAUGGGAUCGGACAUCAACCCGUUCGAUUCUCAGGAGACCAAGCCAUACAAGAACGAUCCUCGUAUCGCGGCUAUGACGGAAUUGGUCGAUGCAUACCAGCGGGACGACAUCCAUCAAUAUGAGACAGUCCUCCAGAAGAACAAGGACCUCCUUGCUGAUCCCUUCAUUGCGGAGAAUAUCGACGAAGUCACCCGCAAUAUGCGUACCAAGGCCGUCGUCAAGCUCGUCGCACCAUACACGCGCUUCCGCCUAGACUUUAUCGCAAAGCGGCUGAGCAUCUCGAUACCCGAGGUUCAGGACAUCGUGGGCUUCUUGAUCAUGGACAAGAAACUGCGUGGCAAGAUUAACCAGGACGCCGGAACCGUCGAGAUCGAGAGUCGUGCAGAUCUGGAUCGCAUGCACGCGGUGGCGGAUUGGACAGCGGCAAUUCGCUCGCUGGCAUCGUUUGUGCUCAACGAAGGUGAUGGUUUCAAGGGCGAGGACGGCGUGAUGGGAACACAAGGCCCACCACCCAUUGCCUCUGCACCGGACCUCCUCGAGGGCAUGCCUUCGUCACGGGCCUCGCACGCUGCUGGGAAGCGGAAGCCGAACCGAGCACCAGGGAAAUGA